GUAAAGAUGAAGAAUAAUUAUACGCCUACUUCGACUUCUGAGGUCUCUUCCCAAGUGCUCAUUGAUGAAAAGUCACAGAAUCAGCCUUCCCCAAACUCCAUAGUCCCUCCAUACGAAGGUUAGAAAAGUUAUAAAAGUAGAGAUGGAUGUCAAUUGUUUUGUUUUGCUCUAAAUUAUCAGCAAUUCUCAGCAAACCAACACCUCUCUCCCUUCGCAUACAAAUAGAAAGAGCAGUUCUAACACGUACAUUAGAUUCGCAAAAAUUUGUUGAUUUAGAGAAUGGCCAGAGAAAAAAUGAAAGUCCCCAAGAGAAACCAGCGAAACGGCCGGUGAGUAGCGAUGAACGUACGAUCCUUCUGUGGAUGUAUGCUUUGCUUUUUAUAUUCUUAGGAUUUACCAUAAUAUUUAUGGGUUCUCUUACUCUAAACUAUUAUAACAUGUUUCAACUUUGUGCAAGUGAUAUUAUGGCAUUUAUAGUUUUUUUUGCUAUAUUUUUAAUGCUUUUCUUGUUUGCUGCCGCUGUCCUAUAUGUGUACAGACUGUGAGUCAAACAAGGGUGGAAAGCAUCCAGCGUUGCUUCUAAUACUGUAUUAUGGUUUUGCUGAUGUAAACCAGAUCCUCUGAACGUUUAUUAUUAUUGUACGAUUUACUAAAUCUUCUUUUAUGUAUUCAUUACUUUUGUUUUAUCAGCUAUCUUGAUUUCAUUCAAUUUGUUUGUUUUGGUGGUAAUUAUUUACUUUUUUGUUUGUUUACUUUUCGGUAGUUCGUCUCGUC